AUGGGAUUCUUCGCUGGAUUUUUUGGUGGCUUCACCUUGACAGCAUCGGUUCUCUAUCUCAGUGUUCAAGUACACCGUUCGACACGCCUAGCGCAACGAGACGCCAUUCGUGAACAGGUCGAAAUCUUGAACGACAUUUCCUCUCCUCUAGGCGCAUAUAUUCGGAGAUUUGCCCAGGAGGAUCCAUCCAAACCAUCCGUCGCGGCGCAGCCGACUAAACCAUCCGCAGAAGAUUUACUGAAGCAACAAUGGAAUAAGGAAGUUAAGGCAUUGGCCAGGAAGACCGUGAAUCUGCGCUGGGAGGAUGUUACCGAUACCGCCACAGAAGUCGCUAAGACGAUAUUAAAGUUGGUUAAACGGGAAUGA